GGCUGGCGGCAGCGCCGGGUCCCCCCACAUGGCGGCGGCGGCGGCGGCGGCGGCCUGGGGGCAGCGGGGCCGCUCCGCGCUCCUCCCGCGGCUCCGGCGGGCGCUGCGGGCGGCUCCGGGCCGCGCCUGCAGCUCCGGGGCCACCGUCAGGGCUCCCUCUGCCGCGGCUCAGGAACUGCAAAGCUCAGGAAGAGGGCGUUUUCUACUGGAACAUGCUGCUCCCUUCUCUGCUUUUUUGACAGACAGCUUCGGGCGCCAACACAACUACUUGCGAAUUUCUUUGACUGAGAAGUGCAACCUCAGGUGUCAGUAUUGUAUGCCAGAGGAAGGUGUUCAGCUGACCCCUAAGUCAGAACUACUUACUACUCAGGAGAUAAUCACCCUAGCCAGACUGUUUGUGAAAGAAGGUGUAGAGAAGAUCCGACUGACGGGAGGAGAACCACUUAUCCGUCCCGAUGUGGUUGACAUUGUGGGUCAACUGUACAAGCUAGAAGGGCUGAAAACCAUUGCUGUCACAACCAACGGGAUCAACCUAACCAGACUGCUGCCCCGACUGAAAGAGGCAGGACUAAACGCCAUUAACAUUAGCCUGGAUACUUUGGUCCCAGCUAAAUUUGAGUUCAUUGUCCGGAGGAAAGGCUUUCACAAGGUAAUGGAAGGAAUUCACAAAGCCACUGAACUUGGCUACCGUCCUGUUAAGGUAAACUGUGUGGUGAUGCGAGGCUUCAAUGAGGAUGAACUCCUGAGCUUUGUGGAUUUAACAAAGGAUCUGCCUCUUGAUGUGCGGUUCAUAGAAUACAUGCCAUUUGAUGGCAAUAAAUGGAACUUCAAGAAGAUGGUGAGCUACAAAGAAAUGCUUGAUACAAUUAAACAGCAAUGGCCUGAAUUGGAGAAAUUGCCCUGUGAAACUUCCAGCACAGCCAAGAGUUAUAAGGUGCCACAUUUCCAGGGACAAGUCAGUUUUAUCACCUCCAUGUCAGAGCAUUUCUGCGGAUCCUGCAAUCGGCUGAGGAUAACAGCAGAUGGGAACUUAAAGGUGUGCCUUUUUGGGAAUUCAGAAGUGUCCUUGAGAGAUCACCUGCGGUCAGGUGCCUCAGAGGAAGAGUUGGUUCAAGUCAUCGGAGCAGCAGUGGGCAGAAAAAAGAAACAGCAUGCUGGCAUGUUUAACAUUUCCCAGAUGAAAAACCGGCCAAUGAUCCUGAUUGAGCCUGUACUGAUGUCAUUCCCACUAUACCAAGAUGCCCUACAAAAUCUCCCAAAUUCAAAACAGCGGGGCCACACAUUUAGCCAUUGGCUGACUCUGAGAGCAAGUUUCCCCAAACAAAUGGGAGGAGCAUUAAUGAAAAAUAAGCUUACAGGACAACUGACAGGAUCUCACAGAGAGCAACAGUGCCACACGACAACAGGAAUUCUACAAACCCAGCUCAGAGGCUGCUGUGUCUUCCGUAAGGACCCAAGCUCCACAUUCAUCACUAAGUGCCUUGAGGCUUCUCCUGUUGGCCAGGUUUCUGUGGACUGUCAUUCCAAAGAGGCAAGCCCAGGAUCUGAAUUCUGUACCAGGGAUUUGGGAUCUUGCACCAGAGUACCUCCUGCCUCUGACAACUUGACUCACACUGAUGAGGAAGGACGGGCCACAAUGGUUGAUGUUGGAGGGAAGCCAGAUUCAAGAAGAAGGGCUGUUGCUGGUGCUGUGGUCCGCCUGGGUGCAAAGGCAUUCGGAAUGGUGAGGAAGAACCAGAUGAAGAAAGGGGAUGUGCUAGCAGUAGCUCAGAUUGCAGGAAUUCAGGGAGCCAAGCUGACCAGCCAGUUGAUCCCGUUGUGUCACAACAUCCCCCUCAAUCAUGUUGAGGUGUCUCUGAGCCUGGAUGAGGCCAGAUAUGCAGUGGUAAUUCACAGCUCCUGUCAGACCUGGGGGAGGACAGGUGUGGAGAUGGAAGCUCUAACAGCUGCCAGCCUGGCUGCCCUGACUGUGUAUGACAUGUGCAAAGCAGUUACCCAUGACAUUGUGAUUGAAGAAGUGAAGUUGCUUAGUAAAACAGGUGGGCAAAGGGGAGACUUCUCAAGGGUCUAGAUCACAUCCAGGCGCAUCCAGCCCUCCAAGUAACCACUGCUUAUGUUCAGCCUCUUCAGAACUGUUUUUGCUCAGCUGGUAGCCUUGGAGACCUCAGCAGGUGUUGCCACACAACAACCCCACAACUCCAGUUUUGCCUUACCCUGUCAGCUUACUGCUAGUGAACAGUGAAGCCCACUUUCCCUAUUGAUAACCAUGUGUGGUUUUUUUAGGAGACAGACUUUUCCACUCUGCCAGUACCUUGACUUCAGUGUCCUGACCAUGAGCGUGAGCAAAGAUUCCUAGUAAUACCAGAGAUGUUUUGUUUUUUUUCUUAUUGCUGUGCAAUAGUCAUGGCUGCUGUCAUAACACCAUGCAACUGUGAGCUCUGGAAAUGAAGCAAGUGCUGUUAUUUGGCAACUAUUUUUAAGUCAAGGAUUACAAUUUCAGAAAUGUGCCUGUUCAUCUGUCUCCCUGACCACCUUAGUUGAAUUUAGAAGGUGACAGUGAGAAGAAGCUGGGAAACUUUACCAUACAGCAGAAAUUAUAACUGUGGCAGAGCCAGGGUCAGGGGAGCUGCUUCCAUCCCUUUGCAUUGCUACUGCUUCCCUUGCCUGCAAGUGGGAAAUAUCCACAUAUCAUUUUCAAAAGUAACAUAAAAAAAAAAUAUGGCAGCUUCCCAGCUUUCUGCCUUCAGUGCUCUGUGAAAUGUGAUGUAGAAACAGAGUAUUUCUGGGUUUAGAAUAAUUAUUUUAGUGAUGUGAAAAAUACCUUUUACAAUGGUAGAAGCAUGUUCCAAUAUUUUGACCUUAGUGCUCAAAUACAUUGAGGCCCUGUGUCUGCAUGCUUAAGGGCUUAAUUCUGCUAUGCAUGGAAGUAGGUGUCUGCUCUCCCUGCCUUCAGAAAUAGUUGUCACACCAAGCUCCAGAAGACUAUUUUUUAAUCCUACUGUGCAACUCCUAGUAACCAGCAGCCUGCAUAAUCCUGACAGAUAAACUUUAAGACUAGUAGCCACUUGGAAGGGUAAAGUAGUUACUGUUGCUUUAGACAGAAUGUUCUCCUGUGUGUUUCUCUUAAUUUGCUUUCAUGAAGUGUUCUGGCCUCAGAGCACUUAAGUCUCCUCAUAAAUGUACCAGUGGCCACUGUCAUGUAGCAUUAAAUAGCUUUGAUAAUUGACUAUCCUAUGUAAGAAAUUACUCAACGUUGUUUUGUUAAUACUGAUGGAUCCUUCUACAAAUUUAAAGGCUCUCAAAAGGGUAUUUUCAACUUGGGUUUACUUGUUUCUAGUGCUUAUGGCUAAUGUGAAGUCACAUGAUUCAGGGUGCUCCCUCUCCAUACGCACAAAGCUGAAGACAGCUCUGAUACUCUCAGAGACUAAUGAAAAAAAGCAUCUAAACCUUUGCAAGUAGCUACUUCUCAUGAAAUAAGAUUAAAUUACUGUGAGCAUCAGCAAAGCACACACCACAGGCACGCACAUCCUGCUCACGCAAAGUAAGCACAGGUCUACUGUGAGGAGGCAAUAGGUUUUUACUACAGUUUUGUUUAUUAUUUACAAAUUUUGUAUGCUAGUUACCACAUAGAUUUUUUUCCAUUGAAGGUGCAUUCAUUUGUUUCUGUAUUCAUUGUCAUUGUGAGGUAAGCAACAUACAAUGACCUUUCAGCUACAGCUGAAAGGGGAAGGAGUUGGGAAAGCUUAGUGCCAAAAUGCCAUAAACAUUUGUAUUCCUACACCCAGUGUUAUAGUAUUGAUUCCCUUGGUAGCACUGAUAUGUCUAUAAAUGACUAGUAGGGGACUCCUCCUUCCCAGAACUGUACUUGGCACCAAUCCCAGUUGAUCCUGCAAAUAUGAGAGACCUUUUUCAUCUGAAGAGCUGCUGAGCCAGUAUCACAAACAUGUCCCUAGCUCAGCGUGGCAACAAAUGGCCAGGAAAAGUAAGCACAUGUGGAUGCUGCUAAGUUACUUGAUUUACACAAGCACUUAACUCCCCAUCACCACCCACAACACAGCCUGACCUCCCUGCCUUCACCCUGUCUCUAGAUAUUUGAAAACUAAAAAUAAACUAGACAUACUAAGUAGUAAUAAAAUUAUGCUUUGGGGCAUAUGAUUCUUUGGCUUCUGAGAAGUUUGCUGUCAAUGCUGUGAAGCUCACCCAAAGGAUUCAAGGCCACACCAGGGACUAUAGAGCACAUGCACGACUGCCACGCACAUACGCACAUUUCACAACUUCCUUGAGUUUUAAGUGGCUGAAAGCUUUGGACAAACAGACUUUGGUUCCAUUCUAUGCUCAUGUUAUGUUAUCAAGUCUUGAAACUAUGCACAUUUAUAGAUAAUGCACCAAGCAUGAGUCAACAUUUUGCCAUAGAGAUGAGCUGAUAGCAUUGUAUAUUUCAGUGGUGCUGGGUGGGCAAUGAUGUAAUAAUAUAUGUUGAUUAACUGACUACUUUUUGGACGCUUGCUUUUUUAAUAAAUACUAGUUGCAAUGGA